CUGAAACGUUUCGCCCCCCGUGCUCGUGUCUGACAAUUUAAACUAAAUAAAAGGAAAUAUCUAAUGGAUUUGGUCACAGUGGAGUAAACAGGCUGUUGAUUGUUAAUGAAGAAGUGCCAAAGAACUGAAUGCAUGGAGACUGAGUGCCUACAGUGGACCGACAGCCAAACUGACGAGGACAGUGACAUAGAGGAGACCCUGCAUGGAAUACAUGAGAGCUGUGCCACUGACCUGUAUCACCACCCCCAGCUGGAGACAGACAUCGAGGCGGUCAGGAGAUUGUAUUCAGACUCUGCGGUCUCUGUCAGGGAGUAUGGUUCAAUUGAUGAUGUGGACGUUGACUUAAACAUUAAUGCCAGCUUUUUGGAUGAGGAGGUGGCCAAAGCCUGGAGGAUUAAUCCAUCAGAGCCCAUUGUUAUCCGUCUCCACUUUUCUCUCUCUCAGUAUCUGGAUGGACCUGCACCUUCAGUUGAAGUCUUUCAGCCAUCCAACACGGAUAAUUUCAGUCUGGGGAAACAAUUACAGAACAUUCUCGCAGUCUUCAUAGCUCAGGAGUGGGAACACCUGACGAACGAGAACAUCGUAGUCCAACAGAAGAGCAGACACAGCCGGUUCAGGCCAAGUGGAACCAUCAAGAAAUUUCGAGCAAGACUGAGCAUCUGGUUACCACUAUCAAAGUCAAAUGAGCUCCGGGAACCAACUUUGAGAGGGAGGAAAAUUUUACCAUCAAUGAAACUGAGGCGUUUCACAAAUCAUACAACCUCCUACACCAUCAAGAAUCCCACAGGAGAGCUCUUCACCUACACAUCCAGUGGGAAGAGGGUGGCGGUGUCAGCAGUCAAAUCAUCAGCACAGCUUAGUACCAAACAGCUGAUAGAGCUGCUCUUCUCCUCCCAGGCCAUCGGGCACUCUAAGACCACCCCUACUCUGCAGCAUGGCUUCUUAGUACAGAUAAUGAGGUAUGCUGAGCAGAGAUUGCCAACGCUGAAUGAAUACUGUGUGGUCUGUGAUGAGCGACACGUGUUUCAGAACGGCCCCAUGUUAAAGCCUGCAGUUUGCACGAGGGAGCUGUGUGUGUUUUCCUUUUAUACGCUGGGGGUUAUGUCUGGAGCUACAGAGGAGGUUGCAACCGGUGCAGAGGUAGUUGACCUGUUGGUCGCUAUGUGCAGAGCUGCUCUUCAGUCUUCACGCAAGAGCAUCAUAUUUGAACCGUACCCUUCUGUUGUUGAUCCAUACAACCCCAAAGCCCUGGCAUUCAGUCCCAAGAGAAAGAGCUAUGAUAGGCUGAAAAAAGCACUGGACAGUGUCUUGUUAAUCCGGAGGAUGGCACAGGGUCCAUACUCUGAAAUAAAGAAGCAGAUGGACAAGAUCGAUCCUCUCGCUUAUCCCUUACUUCAAUGGAUUUUAGCAAGCAACAGAUCACACAUUGUCAAGCUUCCAGUGAACAGGCACCUGAAGUUCAUGCACACACCUUAUCAGUUCCUGCUGAUCAGCAGCCCUCCAUCCAAAGAGGCUCGUUUCCAAACUGCCAGAAAACUUUAUGGCAGCACCUUUGCUUUCCAUGGUUCCCACAUUGAAAACUGGCACUCAAUUUUAAGAAACGGGCUGGUUAAUGCCUCAUACACAAAAUUACAGCUUCACGGAGCCGCAUAUGGGAGAGGCAUCUAUUUGAGUCCUAUCUCAAGCAUAUCUUUUGGAUAUUCUGAGAUGGGUAAAGGUCGACACGAAGUAACCACCAAAGAAGAACUCAUAAAGAAACACAAGCGAAUACACAAAAUCACACAGGAACAGCCGGGGCGAGCGAGGUUUCUGCAGGGCAGGAACCUCAACUGCAUAGCACUCUGUGAGGUCAUAACUUCAAAAGACCUUCAAAAACAUGGGAACAUUUGGGUGUGUCCGAUAUCCGACUAUGUGUGCACGCGUUUCCUGUUUGUGUAUGAAAAUGGUCAGGUGGGAGAUGUCCACAUCAACACUCAGGAAGCCAGUAUCCACAGGGAAAUUCUACAAGUAAUUGCUUCAAAGACGUGUUGAGAAAAACAAAUACAUGCACAAUGCGCACACAUACUAUAUCCACACAUUUCUUUAUGAUUAGA